GUAUGUCAACUGUCAAAACAAGGAAAAGAAUGCUUGCUUUGUGUUGUUAUUAAUAGGAGAGUUACGAAAAUAUUUUUGCUUUUUGAGAUGAAUAGUUAAAUAUAGCCAAAAUGUCAGCUGUUACUACAGAAUAUUAUGAAUUUAUUAAAAAAUUGGAGGAAAAUGAUGACAAACUAAUACCAAACCCCCUGGAGCAGCCUGUUGACUUUGAGUUCAAUAAUUCCACUUGUCAUGUUUGCAACGGUUAUUAUGGGCCUAGUUUCGGUGAACCAGUGUGUGUGACGUGCCAUGCGUUUCUUUACCCGAAUUUUCCAUCGUUCUGCCCAAAUUCGUACUACUACAGUGAGAAAACUGACGACGGAGAUUCAGGGAAUGACGAGCCUUCAGAUCUCAACUACAGCUCGGACCGCAGGGUGAAUAGAGUCUGUAUGGUGCCUGCCAGUUGGUGGUACAUAAAUUCUCUAGACAGUGAAAGUCCAGAAGAUGAAGCUAGUAACUCUGCAGGUGGCAAUGCAGCAAGUGCCAGUGGUAGUGGAAGUGGCAACAACAGCAAUACAAACGGUAAUGGCCUGGGACAUGGCUCUGACCAUCCGGGAGUCCCUGACAACGAGGAAGAAGUGUCUCAACCACUUGCCUUGAGGCCCGAACCACUGGCAUUGAGGCCCCCACCCUGUCUUGCACACUCCUUGCAGGCCUUGUCUACUCCACGGCCACCAGAUAAUGUGGCACCUGAGCUGAUAGCACAGUUGCCCACCGAAGUUCUCCUGGGCAUCUUCAGUUACCUAGACGACCUGUCUCUGAGCGCGUGCGGCGCCGUGUGCGCGCGCUGGCGCGGGCUGGUGCGCGCGCGCGUGCGAGCGCCGCGCUGGGCCGCCUUCGCCGCGCGCCGCUGGCCGCUAUACCGCCCGCUCACCAACAACAGGGACUGGUACAAGGUGUACCAGUCACUGGUGGAGUCCUGUUUCUGCCGCAACUGUCUCGUGCAGAUGUGCGUGCAGGCGCAGCCGCCAGGCGAAGAGAGCGCGUGGCGUCAUAACCGGCUUCGCAUCGAGCUCAAGAUGAUGCGCAACGAUCCACCGGAAGGCAUAGCAGCGACGCCACUAGACGCGCGCUGCUGCCACUGGCAGGCCUCCGUCACCGGCCCGGCCGGCUCGCCGUACGAGGGCGGCAUCUUCUACUUGUACAUACAGGUGCCCUACGCGUACCCAAUGAGUCCACCGGUGGUCCGCUUCCUGACUCGCAUCCUGCACCCGAACGUGUCCCGGCACGGCGACGUCGGCAUCGACUCCGUGCACCACAACUGGUCGCUGGCGCUCACCAUCAGCAAAGUGCUCAUCUCCAUACAGAGCCUGCUCACGGACCCCUAUACUGCUGUGUGCAUGGAACCGGAGCUAGGCGAGAUGUACGUGCGCGACCGCGCGCGCUUCGAGAGCCUGGCGCGCCGCUGGACAUGGCGUUACGCCAUGCAAGACAUCUUGCCCUACUGAGCUCAUGACCACAGAUUAGAGACGGACCUUUUGGGAGUUAUCUGCUAGUUUAGAUAGGUUGUACAUGCAUACUAUCGGCAGGAAAAGCUAUGCGAUUUUGACAAUUAGUGAAGCAUUAUGGACAGCUGUUGUGGAUUUGUAAGCGCGCUUUGAGAGCCUGGCGCGCCGCUACGCCAUGCAAGACAUCUUGCCCUACUGAGCGGCUCCUGACGACAGACUAAAAAGACGGAACUUUAGGGAGUUGUUAUCUGGUAUCGACGGAAAAAACUGAUGCAAUCUAGACGAUCUUUGAAGGCGGACUGAAUGAAUAACUUUAUUCGAAACACAUUGCGACUGCUACUGAGUACUGACUGUUUAGUCAGGUCCACUAGCAUCGCAUACCCAAUGUUUCAAUCGGCAAAAACUUGCAGAACCACUGAAUAGAUGAACUAUUGGGUAGGUAAUAAAGGUAUAGAAAGCAAACUGAAAUUGAAGGACAUUAUACGCUUGGGGAUUAUGAAUACUGCAGCAUGUAUCUAAAGCAGAGACAGAAUUGAUAAAUAUAAAGGCUACCUGAAACUUAUGUGUAGCGAUCGGGAUAAAGGAUCGAAUUCGAGUUUGUUAUGUCUUGCUGGAUACGCAAGAAUGAGAAUGAAUUAUUUACCCUAGCAAGUAUGAGCAUGAAUGUAGCGUAAAAUAUACCUAUUCUAUUAAAAUAAAACAAUCUAACCGAA